AUGGAAGCCAGAAUCCCAAGCGGUCUCUUGUCUUGUCUCCCUCCCUCUCCUGACUUUGAUCUAUUGUCCGUCUUUCGAACGAGGGGUCGACCGACAAUCUCACAUCAAUGGCGGGUCGGUUACACGGGGCUGGAAGCGUGCGAUGUUUCCGAAUUGGAUAUUUUUGGGAGUUCCAAGGACGAGAUCUAUACGGAACAGCUUAUCCCGUCCGCACCGACCAAAAAAGGGGGCUGCCGACACGGUCCUGACGGCCGAGAAAGACCCUUGGCUCCGACACGGGCACGGCGGAUACGCCUGGACCAUCUUCAGCUCUCGACAUUCUCCAUACCCCUUGUACAGGCCCGUUGGCUCUCUCUCCAACCUUUGGGGGAUUUUCCGCUCCAUGUGCGAAAACGUCAUUGUCUCCCAACACGCAGUCCUCGACUCACGUUCCAAUGCAAACCUUACGUUACAAGUCUCAUUGUCGAGUGCUACAAAUGCCUUAAUCGGAUGCCUCGUGGCAGGACUCCGCCCCAGGAAGCGGCCAUCAGCUCAUGGACAGCAACCAUCGGCAUUAAAUGGGCGCCAGCAGCGCUUCACCAGACUCAUCAUCAACUAUGCAACCAUCAACCAGUGUGAGUCGUGCUUGGUUGUCUCGUAGAUGAGGCGAGUGUAUCUGUCCGGACUUGGUUAGCGUGUUCGCCGCCCUAUCUCGGGCUCGCCUCAACGAUGACUUUCAUGUACCUCGGUCACAACGAUCUUGUACGUCACUCCCUACUUCAGCACAACAACGUUGUACUUUUACUGUACAAGAGUGAUGAGUGAUGCUGCAUGGUAUUCAACGUAGGACAUGUGGACCAAGGGUUAGACGGUUUGACACGGAGAACAGGGGGCAAUCUACCGUCACAUAGUCGUGUGCUCGACUGAGGUCUGUCUUCUCUACAAGAUACGCCCAGUCUGUGCAAGCAGGCAGCGCCCGUAGCGCCGUGUUAGCACAAAGUCGAAAAUGUUUAAAGUCGACUUCUUCGAAAUUCGAGAGAUAGAUCCAUCCUGAGCUCAACAAAAGUAUAUACUGG